AGCGAAAGCGUAGAGCUUUUCUCAAGCACUCAACAAUGGCGCUCUUCACCUUCUUCUCCACCACCGCCCCUUCCCCACCCCCCCUCUCUCUAAAACCCUCUUUCCCCAUUUCCAAAUCCUAUCCGCUUCUCUCCCUCAACCGGGUCCCAGUCCAAAUUCGACUCCGACUCCGAAACCCCGCCGCAAUCGGCCCUGACGGCAAGUUCUACCCGACCCCGGCCGACGACGACCCGCCCGAAGCCCCCGAAGAUACCGAGCAUGGCGUCUCCAAGUUCCAGCAGAUCUACCGCGAGGCCGCCCGCGCCCGAAAGCUCCAGGAGGACCAGUUCAACAAGGACCGCUCCAAGUUCCUCAACGCCAUCGCCGACGUCCACGACGCGCCGGACGAGUUAUCGGGUCCCGACGAGUCUUCCGGCGAUGAUUUGUUCGGGGAGAUCGACAAGGCCAUUGCGAUGAAGAGGAAGGAGUUUGUCAAGCAGGGGCUGCUGAAGCCAAACCCUAGGAAGGAGAAGGCGGCCAUGGAAGCAGCCGAGGAGUUGGAGCCUGAAGAAGUGGUCGACUUGGAGGAGAUCGACGAGCUUCGAGGGCUUACUGCGGGUUCGGAGGGUUCUGACGAGGAAGAGUCGGGAAAAUCCGAGGACGAGGUGAGUGAUGAUCAGGGUACUGGUGAAUUAUCCAUUUUUUCGUCGUUUGAUCUUGAUUAUGAUAGUCUUGAUGAAAAUAGUGUUAGAAUUGUGGAACCCAAGUUUAGGAUGACUCUAGCUGAGCUUUUAGAUGACAGUAAAGUUGUGCCCGUGUCGGUUUAUGGUAAUUUGGAGGUUGAGAUUACAGGUAUUCAGCAUGAUUCUAGGGUUGUUGAGGCAGGUGAUUUGUUUGUCUGUUGCGUUGAGAAGGGAACCGAUGGCCUUUUGUAUCUAUCCGAAGCUGACAAGAGAGGGGCUGUUGCCGUAGUGGCUAGUAAAGAGAUAGACAUAGAGGAGACUUUAGGGUGCAAGGCAUUGGUCAUAGUUGAAGAUACGGAUUCUGUACUCCCUGCUUUGGCUGCUGCAUUUUAUCGAUAUCCAUCCACAAAUAUGUCAGUGAUAGGAAUAACUGGGACAAAUGGAAAGACGACCACUUCAUAUUUGAUUAAAAGCAUUUAUGAGGCAAUGGGGAUCAGAACUGGGAUGUUGAGCACUGUGGCGUACUACGUUCACGGAGAUAACAAAUUGGAGUCACCAAAUAUGACUCCUGAUGCUGUCUUGGUUCAGAAGUUGAUGGCAAAGAUGGUCCAUAAUGGGACAGAAGCACUUGUGAUUGAGGCUUCCUCUCAUGGAUUAGCUCCGGGGAGGUGCAAUGAGGUGGAUUUUGACAUUGCUGUGUUCACAAACUUGUCGGACGACCACUUGGAUUUUCAUGGAUCAGAGGAGGAAUAUAGAGAAGCCAAGGCCAAGCUGUUUUCAAGAAUGGUGGACCCAGAGCGUCACAGGAAAAUUGUCAACAUUGAUGACCCAAAUGCAGCUUUCUUCAUUGCACAGGGGAACCCAGAUGUGCCUGUCGUGACAUUUGCAAUGGAGAAUAAUAAUGCUGAUGUUCAUUGCUUGAAAUUUGAACUCUCGUUAUUUGAGACCCAGGUUUUAGUAAAUACACCCCGGGGCAUAUUGGAAAUUUCGUCAGGGUUGCUUGGCAGGCAUAACAUAUACAACAUACUUGCAGCUAUUGCAGUUGGAAUUGCAGUAGGAGCACCUUUGGAGGACAUUGUUAGAGGUGUUGAAGAGGUUGAUGCAGUUCCUGGUAGGUGUGAGUUGAUAGAUGAGGAACAAGCAUUUGGGGUAAUUGUGGAUUAUGCUCAUACUCCUCAUACCUUGUCUCGACUUCUUGACUUUGUAAGGGAGCUUGGGCCAAGGAGAAUUAUUACUGUUAUUGGUUGUGCUGGUGAGAGUGAUAGAGGGAAGAGACCAACGAUGACAAAGAUUGCAACAGACAAAAGUGAUGUGACCAUCUUGACAUCUGACAAUCCAGAAAAUGAGGAUCCAUUGGAUAUCUUGGAUGACAUGUUGGCCGGUGUAGGAUGGACUAUGCAGGAUUACUUGAAACAUGGAGAAAAUGAUUACUAUCCACCUCUUCCUAAUGGACAUAGGCUUUUCUUGCAUGAUAUAAGGCGGGUAGCUGUACGUGCAGCAGUUGCCAUGGGCGAGGAAGGCGAUAUGGUUGUGGUUGCUGGCAAAGGCCAAGAAACAUACCAGAUAGAAGGUGAUAAAAAGGAGUUCUUUGAUGACCGGGAGGAAUGUAGAGAAGCAUUGCAGUAUGUUGAUGAGCUUCACCAAGCUGGAAUUGACACAAGUGAAUUUCCAUGGCGGUUACCAGAAAGUCACUGAGAAUGUAGAAAAAUCUUGAGGCAGGCCAAAGGCUUGGGGUUGCUAUCAGAGCAUUGGCUCCAUUGUUCUUGGAACGAGAAGCAGGUUCCUUGACAUUUAUUGAACAAAAUGAAAUUGGAGAAUUCAAUUUUCCCUUUUGCCAGAAUGAGCACUUGGAGUAAAUUUGAUGGGCCACAAUCACAGAAAGGUUGCCGGGCCUUGCUUUUGUAUAGCACUGGGAUAGUUCAAAGAAACCGCGAAAUGUUGAUAAGUGGACUAGGAUUACAGUUUUGUAAGAAUCUUCUUUGGUAUUUUUGUUUCUUGUUAAUUGAUCCUGUUAAGAUUGCCAAGCUGGGUACUUCAAUUGAUUCAUCUGUGGAAACAUUUGUUGUCAAUCAUAUUUAUUGGAUUGACAUUGGAAUAAAUAACCAGUUGUUUGUUCAA